AUGAUUUCAAAGAUCACCUCUCAAGUCACGGUGGAACCGUUGAGCCUCGCCAAUGGUUCCGGGCCCAGCUUCGGCGCCGCGGUCAACAACGUUGACUUGGAAAAUAUCUCUGGUCCUCGUCAUCAAGGGCCAGGGCCACGCCUCCCCAAGGCGCAGUACGAGAUCACGCAGCGCUUCGACCCAGAGGCCCAGGGCGCCUACGGCCACGGCAAGACUCUGGACGCGAAGCGCUCGAUCCUGCACCCCGAUCUGAAGACGGUGCCGCACCAGCCCCAGGUUCAGGUGAUCGGAAACGGAUUCGUACCCUCGUACGAAGGUCUGGAGAAUAUCCAGCUGCGUCACCCCCACCACCGCACCUUUCACGAGACCACCAUCCCGGACGAGGACGACCUCGACUUCACCCGUUUCUACCGGUACGACGACGGCACGGGCGACGAGAUGCAGGUGCCGCUCGGCACGACCGCCUUUGUCAACGGCGAAACCAUGUACGAUCUCCUGUCCGAGGAGGACAAGACGUUUGCGCGCGAGUCCAAGGUGGACGGAGCUGCCCCCGUCGAUCCUUUGGCCAUCCAAGUCCUGCCUCUGUGCUGGAAGAACCCCGUGACCGGGCGUCUGGCCCUGCAGGUGCACCCGUCCGCUGUGAGGAAGCUGCACCUCGCGGACGGCACCGUCAUCGAUGACCUGGAAAAGGUUCGCGACACCGUCUACCGUCUGCAAAGGCCCGGCAUCGCACCUGAGCUCGUAUAUGCGCACGAUUGGCAGGAGAGUGAUUUUGUCAUCUUCCACAACCGCGGCGUCCUCCACUCCGUGGUCGGCGCCUUUGCCCCUGACGAAGUUCGUCUGUUUAGGCAAUGCAAUAUCGCGGGGAGCGAAAUGCCGGUGGGACCAUGA